AUGACUCCUUUUGACGCGAUCCGAUGGUCCUCGUGGGUCAAUCUGUGUCUAACCGCAACGUCAAGCCCCGUUGGACGAGACGCGAACAACGGUUUGCUUGAUCACGAGGAAAGUCCCAACGUGGUUAACCAUGGAUUUGACUGGCAGCAUUUCCAACCGAUGCAAGCUUGGAGUCCCAACGCGCUGGACGAUAUGUCCUUCACUCCGAGCGGUCUUUCAUAUCAAGGACCUGGAAGCUCUGCGGGCCAACAAUCAAAUUGGGUCUGGCAUGGGACCGUGUUUCAGGAUAGGGAAGAAGCAAGACCGAUACAGCCACUGAGGAGCCAGGUCGAAGCUGUUGAUCCCACUACACCGCCCAACAGCCCUUCUUACAGUGGUCAGAAAGUUGCGACCGCAAAAGCACCGCUUCGAUUUACACCACAUGACGAUUCGCUUACUCGAGCACCAACUCAGAGCGUUGAAGGUGCGAGAAAUUUGCCAAGCUACACGUGGAUGCGGCCUGCUUCGAUCCUCGACUCAUCCGCGACUGAGGGGUCAACAGCCAGCAUACAGCCUGUUCGGAUCUUCGAUUCAUUCGAGCGCCGCCGAUCGCCAACGGUCAGGCAGCCUGAUUCGAUCCUCGAUUCAUCCAAGCCUGGUGGAUCGGCAAUCGUCACUCAGCCUGCUACGCUUCCCGAUCACUCCUCUCCGGAUGAUAUGGGAUCGGACAUCCUGAAAAAGAUGCUCGCUGAUCUGAGGUUCACCAGAGAAGCCAGACUGGAAUGGGAGGAGGAUAUGCGCAAGGCGCUUGGAAAUCCUCGGCUCAAAUUUGACGGGGUCGAUACACAAUCGCCUUACAAGCCGCGUAUCUUCGUCGCAAAAGACAUGGUCGAUCUCAACGAUCAUCACUCAUCGAUGUUAGUACGGACCUUGCCUUCUUCCUCCGAGCCCCUCACGGAGGCCCAGCGUUUAACAACAUCGACGCAUUUCAUGCGACGUCUUCAUACGGGCUUAGUUGUCAAGCUCAAGGAUCUGCCCUGGAAGACGGAACGAAAUCGAAUGUUUGUCUACCUCAACAGCAUCCGCAACACGGCCUACCUCAACGAGGAGUACUUUCUGAACCAUCUGACGUUCCUACCCGUCAACUCUCCGAGGCUCAGUUGGGAUCUUCUGUUGACAAUUUUCUCGGAUCGCAAACAGUUGAUCGUAUUGCCUCCGAGAACCGAGCACGGACUAAGUCUCAUGUUGGCGCAGCAUGAAGAAGCGACCAAGCGGAUGGGGUUGCUGCAAGAGGUGACGGGAAAGCUGGAGGAUGACCGACAGAUUGUGUCGCUCUGGUCACCGAUUUUGAAGGACAAGUACAGGAGUACAGUGGUGCUGUAUGGUUUUGCGAAGUUGGAUCGGAGCUACGAGGGGGAAACGUUGAGACAUUUGCAGAGGCUGUGUGCAAGUUGGAAGGGUCCCGCGUGGGAUGCGGCCUAUUAUCUUCAGAAACAUUGGCCCGAAGGUUUCGUGGAGGCUGCAGAGAUGGCGCACUGA